AUGAUCAUUUAAAAAUUAUCAGAUUUAGUAAUUUCAAAUUUUAAAAACUUAUCUAUAAAUGAAAAUAUCCUAAACAAACAAUAUUAACAUGAAAAGUAAAUAAUAAAGCCAUACAAUUUAUUUAAAUUCAAUUUUACUUUUUCACAGAAUUUAAACUAAGAAAAAUUUAAAUUAAAAAAUAAAUAUUAAAAUUCUAAUUCAAAAAAAAGUAUGGUUUAGUUAAUAAUUAGUAAAAAUGAAGAAAUUUAAAUCAAAUUAAUCUUUGAUAAUUCUAAAAAAAAAGAAAAAAAAAUUAUAAUCUUUAUUGUGGUUGAUAUUUAAGCAAUUUUCCUACUCUUAAAUAUUUUUGAUAAUUCUAAUAUAAAAAUGAAAAAAUACAAUCAGUUUAAAUUAGAAAAAUUAUCAAAAAUAAUCAGAAUUUAUAAAUUAAAAAUUUCAAUUUCAAAUUUUAAAAAUUUAGCCUUCAAUAAAAAUAUCAUAAACUGCAUACGCGUGCGUAUAAAUAAAUAAAUAAAUAAGGAAAACUAUUAAAUUUUGAUUAAAACUCAAUUUUAUAAAUUACAAAAACUAUAAAGUAGAGAUCAAAAUUAAUUCUAAUUCAAAAAAGUUUUUUGUUUACUUAAUAAAUACUAAAAUUGA